CUUGCCCCUGUGAUGGAGCCUAGGGGCCUCUGAGCCCCUGCUCCAACGCAGCCAACUCCUUGCCCUUAUGGGUACAGAGACUGAAGUCCAGCGGCUGGUGACUUCCCUGGCCAACCGAGCUGGCAGGUCACAGGGUGGUCCCAUCACCACCAAGUUCACAGGCCUCUCCUGGCCUCUGGUGCAAAGGGAUCCCCGUUUGCUACUGCAGGAUGAUUUACUUGCUGUCUUUACAUAAAAGAUCCAUUACCUCUUCUUCCAGGAAGAUUUCCUCAGCACCUCCUCCCAGCCAACCCCGGGACUCACAGAGCACCCUCUUUUCCAAGCUGGAAGUACACAGCUGGGUAUCAGAGACAGAAGAGGCAGGUGUGCUCAGAUGAGUUCUUGGUCCCUCUCUCCUGCUUCCUGGCACUGUUAACAGCACAGAACUCAGAGAAUGCCAAGCCGCCCGCUGGCUGCCUCAGUUUCCCAUGUGUUCAUCGGGAUCCCAGUGGGAGCAGGCCAAGAGCUCAAGCUCAGCAAACACUCGGAAUCCCCAGCCUCCUUGUGGCCAGGCCUGGGUCAGGACCCGGUUUUGGCCCAUGGCCGGCAGGCAGUGACCGGUGUCACUUCUGGGCUGGAGCACAGUGCAGCCAGGCCCCACUUCUGCUUCCUCCUGUUUGUGGUGCUGCUGCCGGCAGCCUGCGGCCCCAGCAAGCUGUGUGCAAGGUGGAGCGUGCGUGAGAAUAAGCCUUCGGGGCUGAAGCCUGAAAACCAUUUGUUCCUGCAGCAGAACCCGGCUGGUACCAAGGAGAGGACUGGUGCCGGACCUGGGGGUGCGUGGCGCUGGCGUCGGGGUCCGGCAGGAGCAGGUGGAGCUGGAGGGACGGUGGCCCACGUGCUGAUGGCGGCAAGCACGGCCUGGAUUGAGCGGCUCUGGGUGAGGGGAUGGGGAUGCGGGUGCCGGAGUUGGGGCUGGAACCGGCGGUGCAGUGGCCAGACGGCGGGCCGGACGGCAAAGGAGCAGAGGGCGCCCAGACCAUCUGCCUGCAAGUCUCACGGGACCAGGUGUUUCUCAGCUCAAGACGCCGAGGAGGGGUGAGGAACGUGGGACACGGAGCAGCUUUAUCCCAAGGCCGGCAGCGGGGAGAGAAUCCGUUUCUGGGGCUGUUCGAGAAACAGACCCAGCGGCUUAAACAACUAUCCUCUCCUGGUCCUGGAGGCGGAAGUCCGAGGUCCCGCGUGGGCAGGCCGGUGUCCCCGGAGGCCUCUCUGCUGGCGGGCUGACACGUGUUCCCGCGUCCUCACACGGUCGUGGCUCUGUGCGUGUCCGUGUCCUCACGCGGUCGUGGCUCCGUGAGUGUCUGUGUCAGCUCUUCUUCACGGGGACGCGGGUCCUGUUGGAUCAGAGCUACUCUGACGGCCUCAUUUUAACUUCAUCGCCUCUGUGAAGCCCCGUCUCCAAACACCGUCCCAUCAGAGGUGCGGGUGUUGGGACUCCAACCCACGCGUCCUGCGGGACACAGCUCAGGCCGGCACCGGGAGAAGCAGCAGGAGGAAGGAGAGGUGGGGGAGGAGGGAGAAGUCUGGGGACUGGACCACCGGCAGCUGCAAACUGAGGCAGCGCCUGCGCGGGGCUCCUGACCCUCCCAGACGGCCAGCAGGCAGCGUGGCUGAUGGCAGAGGAGCGUGUCCGCGCGGGCAGCCAGGAGCCGGGCUGGCCAGGACCUACUCCGGCCGCACGCCGCUCGCUUACGUGGCGGGGGGACACCGCAGCGGCGGCCGAGGCGCCGGCCCCCUCUCACGAGGCCGGGAGCUGUACGGCUUCCUGAGGCUCCCGGGCGCUGCCCCCCAACACCUGACGGUGAGUCUCUGAACCUGGAGCGGGUUUGCCGGCUCCGGCCGGGCCGGGCAGGGGCGGGGCGCAGGGAAGGGUGCUCGGGGACCCCAGUCUGAGGCCGUGCCAACCCAGCCCGCGGGCAAAGCAGCCAAGGCAGGCAGAACUUCAAAUGCUUUGGGUUACUUCAUUUUAUUCUGUUUUACUAA